GUACAAUAACAGUUUUAUCUCAUUUAUAUGCACUUGAGAAAAAUAGCCAUGGAUCUUGUACAUCGUUUUUUGUUCUCUUUACUUCUGAAUUUACUAAUAAACGUUCUGGAAGUUUAUGGUGAAUACUGUUACUACCGUUAUUCCUCCUCCUAUCCUUAUUAUUACUACGUAUGUGAUUAUACAGUUAGUGGGGGUUCCAUAGCUGGAGCGGUAAUAGGAACUAUAAUUUUUAUAGUUGUCCUUGUUGUCAUUAUUACUAUAUGUAAAAACCAUAAUAGAACAAGGGUCACUACUAUUCGGUCCACCCCUCACUCUGUCGGAACUACUGUUAUCACACAACAGCAACAACAUCAAGGUCCAGCACCAAUGAUGUAUGGUCAGUAUCCUCAACCAGGCGGCCCUAUGUAUAAUCAACCACCAGCGUAUCCACCGCCCCAGCCAAACUAUCCACCACCACAAGGAAACUAUCCACCACCGAAAUACUAAUAAUUUAUCAGUUACAAGCAAACAAUCAACCAAAAUUCAAAGUGUUUGAAAUUCCGACAUUUCUAUAUUGUGAAUAAACCUAUAUCCCUCAUAUUUAGUUAUGUUAUACCCUUAGUGUUGAUACCUUACUGCGUGAGACUUAAAGGACAAAGAAUAAAUAUGAAGUCAAAGUAUUUUGUACAAUUGUCGAUUUAAUUAAUUAACAAUAAAAAAUAAAGUCUUUUGAUUUUGAAGAAAGAUUAAAUGAAUCUUGGAUG